UUGCGGUCAGUCUGUUUCUAGGUGUCUAGCAACAGCUUUCUGGCCAGACAGCCGGCGGCAAACGGGAGCGGUGUUUUUCGGCGUUUCUCUUCACGGUUGUUCGCUUUAGGUGACUCAGAAUAAAUUGCCGCUCAGCUGAAAGCAGUAAAAAAUAACUCUGACCUCUGCUCAGAGAUAUGAGCGGCAGCGGGCGGCCCAGGACCAGCUCGUUUGCUGAGCCGCCAGGUGUUUCAGGAGCCGUCGCAGCAUCCACUGGAUCAGCCGCUGCCGUGGGGAGCAGCACAGGAAAGUCCGGGGUCCCGCAGGCCUCCGGCAGCAGCUCGUCAGGAUGCUCGAACCUCAAGCUUGCCAGAGACAGUGGGAAGGUGACUACAGUUGUGGCCACACCAGGUCAAGGACCAGACCGCCCUCAAGAAGUCUCCUACACAGACGUCAAGGUCAUAGGCAAUGGAUCAUUCGGUGUGGUGUACCAAGCUCGGCUCAUCGAUACUCAAGAAAUGGUGGCCAUUAAGAAGGUUUUGCAAGACAAAAGGUUUAAGAACCGUGAGCUACAAAUAAUGCGAAAACUCGACCACUGCAACAUCGUCCGGCUACGUUAUUUCUUUUAUUCCAGUGGUGAGAAGAAGGAUGAGGUGUACCUCAACUUGGUGCUGGACUUUGUCCCAGAGACGGUCUACAGGGUUGCCAGACAUUUUAACAAAGCUAAGACCAUCAUUCCCAUCAUAUAUGUGAAGGUGUACAUGUAUCAGCUGUUUCGCAGUCUGGCUUACAUUCAUUCCCAAGGAGUGUGUCACCGAGACAUCAAGCCCCAAAACCUGCUUGUAGACCCAGACACUGCCGUUCUGAAACUGUGCGACUUUGGCAGUGCAAAACAGCUGGUCCGUGGAGAACCCAACGUGUCUUACAUCUGCUCGCGAUAUUAUCGCGCCCCCGAGCUGAUCUUUGGUGCCACAGAUUACACAGCAAAUAUUGACAUCUGGUCAGCUGGUUGUGUGUUAGCAGAGCUUCUGCUCGGACAGCCCAUAUUCCCUGGCGACAGUGGUGUCGACCAACUUGUGGAGAUCAUCAAGGUUUUAGGUACACCAACGAGGGAACAGAUUCGGGAGAUGAAUCCAAACUAUACUGAAUUUAAGUUCCCACAAAUUAAAGCCCAUCCAUGGACCAAGGUUUUUAAGCCCCGCACGCCUCCAGAGGCCAUCGCCCUUUGCUCCCGGCUGCUGGAGUACACGCCGGCCUCUCGCCUCUCCCCGCUGGAGGCCUGCGCACACGCCUUCUUCGACGAGCUGCGCCAGCCAAACACACGACUGCCGAGCGGACGAGAUCUACCCAUGCUCUUCAACUUCAGUACCACUGAGCUGUCGAUCCAGCCACAGCUGAACUCCAUCCUCAUCCCUCCUCACGCCCGCUCACACACAGUUGCUUCCGUCCACGAUGGAACCGGUUCAGACUCAUCUCAACUCAGUUCAGUCCCGGGAUCUCUGAACAGCAUCUGAGGCAUCGUCUCACCUGAAAGCUUCCUCCUCUUCUCUCACACACACUCACACUCUUCCCCCACUGAUUUUCUUCCUGCCGCGCGCUUAACGAUCUGUACAGGAAACAGUUGAAUAGACAGUUGGUUGUUUGGGUUAGACCACAGCAGGACAGAAUGAGAGGUUUGAUGGUGGGGGCUGGUCCUC